CCUGGCUUCAUAGAGAGGUUGUACCACAGCAUUGCCUGUCAUCUACUGGAUGUAUUAUAAGGAAGGUGACUGAGGGUGACUUUAAUUGACGAACUUAGAUCAGAAAGAAUCCUAUUUGUGGACACUACAUAACAAGAAACUCUAACAUCGCCAUGGCAGAGAAGAAGACUAACCUGGAUAAUAAUGGAAAAGGGCAACCCACAAUAUAUAUCACAAACCACAUAAAUGUUAAUAAUUAUGGUGACAUUGCAAAUGUUAACACUGCAGGAACUGCCCACGGUGGAAUGGGACACCAUACAGGAGUUGUUAAUGAUGGCAUGGGGAAUGAAAACACAAACACGACACCCUCACAAGCUAGCAAGAACUUCCCUUUCACAGAAGAAACGUCGCCUUGCAGGGGAGAAGACCAUAGCAGAAAAGAAUCAGGUCCUAAACUCCAAAUGGACGCUGCUCGAGCCAACACAGGCUGGUGCCAUGUGACGACAGACGGUCAGCUGGUCAACUCGCCGCGCGCCACGCGACACAAGGACAGGGGCAGGCUACAGGAAUAUAGGGGCACGUGUAGCUCCACUCCCAUCCCCCUGCCCCCACCCCGCUCUAAUGUCAUCCCUGCCCCUCACAUACAUCGGUACUGGGAGACUCACUCUAGGGUGGGUGUGCAGUGGGGAGUGUAUGUGUCGCCUGUCCUGGAGAUGGGUGUAGUGGAGGAGAGCCAGGUGGACAGAGAGAUGCAUGUUUGUCAGCAGCGCCGCUCCUGGGGUGUCAGUGUAGGGAGCUGUAGAACACACUGGGGGCGCUUCUGUACCAGGGUGUGGCUGGAGGGUGACGGGGGGAAGUGUUACAGAAACACACUAUCUUACACACCCGGGACACAGGCCACUCUCCACUAUGGAGUUGUGCUGGAUGUUGGGAGAGGUAGAGUCGCCUUCAUCGACCUGGACAGAAAGGUUGUUUUAGCAAAAACUGAUGUAGAGUUUCAGGAGGCUCUUCUCCCCUUGUUUGGUGUUGGGCGGCCAGAUCUCGCCACAGUAAAGAUGAAGUUAAUCAGCGGGGAGGAGAUCGACAUGACUGACACAAAAAUAUCACUCAUUAAUAAAGUCCUGGCCUAAGGAAUAACUGAACAUGACACUGUGUAAACUUGUAAAUAUGACAUAUCUACUUAAGCUGUCAAAUACAACACAAUAAUAGUGAAAGAGGCGGACGUAGAAGUAACCCGUUCAUGUGUUGUUUGUUGUGUACGACCAUGUAACAAGGUUAGCUAAGCGUGUUGUUUUUCUACAUGAUUGGUUUCUGGUUGGUUAGAAACAUUCUACAUCCACACAUGAGAAUUGUUAUGAUUAUUAUUAUACAGAACCUGAUCAGUUUAAGAUACAUUUCACACAUUUCUGGGAAAUGUCACAACAAGCGUCUGAGUAAAAAGUUGUUUCAAUCAUGAAUAUGUUGACAUAUUAUGCUUCCUUUCUGUGAAAGAACAAUUUUAAAUAUCCACAUAAUAGGUUAGAAAUGAAAUUAUUGCAGUUGUAUCUAAAUAUAUUCCACAUUUGAUGUGGGUGAUGAAAAUGAUUGAAGCGGACAUAUAAUGUAUCUGCUUACAUAUUUGUACUUCUGUACAGGAAUGUAAUUAAGUUCACUGAAUAGUCUGUUUCUUUAUGACAAUGUGUCCUGUUGUGUGUGAGAAGAAUUUUGAAUGCCCACAGAAGUUGGUUUUUUUUCAAUUUAUCUGCACAAAUAGUUUCAAAAGUACAUUCCUACAGUGCUCAUACAAUCCGAACGACUUUCGGUAACAGAAUUGGUUUUGACACCUUGGCUCUCAAUGCACAUUGAUACGAGAUCUUAAAACUGUAAGUUGUUGUGAGAAAUGCUGUAGUGCAGCAUUGGGUCUACAUUGCUAACAAUGGGGUUAGCAGAUGCACAAAAUAUAAUGUCACUUUGAAGAUUGGGACAUGCUGCCUGCAUCACUAUGAAAUGAUUUGAUAUGCAGUAACUACAGUCUGAACAUGUCUUGAACUCGGAUGUGUCGCAUCAUGUAGUAAAUUACCAGGUUUAACCAGGCGGAUAAACUAUGUCGACAAUGCCACAAUUCCUCUUUUGAGAACAACAAGUAUUUAGCACACAGUCUUGGCAAGUCGACUGGUCGAGUGUUCUGUAUGUUGAUAAAUGUACGUAUUUAUUUACUGUUAUUAUUUUACAAUGUCAUA